AUGCUGAAUGCACUACCACCAAAUUCACAGCUUAAAUGGAACAAUCUGCGAGAUUGGGAUGGGAAAUAUGCUGUACCUUAUGAAAUUACUGGUUCAUACUCUAAUCAAGAGAAAGAAGUCAUUUAUGAUGCUAUGAAGACUAUUGACAAAAACACUUGCAUCCGAUUCAAACAUCGAACCUCGGAAGAAGACUAUGUUGAUAUCCAAAACAGUAUAGGAGAAGGUAGAACAAAUAACAUCUAUCCCCCCAGAUGCAUAAAGUAUGAUGUUGUAAUUCACGAAAUGCUUCACGUUCUUGGUUUAUGGCAUGAACAUAUGCGUAACGAUAGAGAUAAAUACGUCAAAGUGCAUGAAGAAAACGUUCUGGAAGGUUACCAGAAUCAGUUUGGAAAACUCCUGUCGACUGACGCCUACACCUACGGAGUGCCUUAUGACUACUUGUCUAUUAUGCAUUACGAAAAGAACGCGUUCGCCAAACCUGGAACGAUUACUUUAGAAACUUUAGAUAAGUGCAAGGACAAGGAUGUUGCAUGCGGAGGGCUCUUAAACAAAGGAAUGCUUAACUGCUCUGACGCCUACUACUCAAAUUUGUGCUGUGCUUCAUGUAAAUUACUCAUUGAAGCUAUUGCUUUUAACAGAAGAACAACACAACAGCCAAAUACCCGUCUCGUCUCGCGUGAAUCACUCCCGCCUCCGCUACCAGACUUUUCAGCAGCCGAUUCGAUCUACCGUUGUGAGGAUAAGGAACCUGUGAGAUGUAAAGAAUUAGCAGAGAACCAUUUGCUUAAGUGCCUUACUGAGAUUGCUGACGUCAAUCUCUGUUGUCGCACCUGUAAUCGUAUUCUUGAUUAUCUUGUAAUCAUCCUCAUAGACAGAGAGAUUCUAGACAAUGUGACAGGACUAGAUGAAAGAUUCGUGCUUCCUGAAGGGAAGCUUUCUGUGAUUUGCGGAGUCGCUUCUGCUAAUUCGUUUGGAUCUUCGAAAUGGACCUACUCUUCUGUAGUAACGAUUCAGACAUCUAGUGCAAUUCCAUCAAUCAAUGAUAAUGAACCAAUAACUCCGAUCGAUUAUAAGCGAUUGACUGCAGACGAUUUGAGCAUGGAUCAACUCCUCAAGUUGAUACACUCUUCGCAUGUCGAAGAUCUUCCGAGCAAGCUAAUUGAAAGUUCUCCUGGAAUGCGAUUUGUCGUUACACCGAAAUCCGAAGUUGGUAGCAGCUCUGCAGAUAUCAGUGUCGACUCAUUUGUUGUAAAUAGCCAAUUGGAAACGACAUCACCUCUGCCUACACUUCUAUCGUCUGCUGUGGACUCCGAAGAUGUUGUGAAAUUGGAGCCUGAGCUCAGUGAAGAUGCUGUAGGGCCUGACUAUAAGUUGGUAGAAGAGAGAGUACGACAGGCUAUUGGAGCAGACGAACCUUCGAGUAUUGAAAAACUCAGAUAUUUGCAAGCUUUUGGGCUAAUUGACAGAGUUCUGUGA